CGUGCCUUCGUGCUGUUUUCAUUGUUUUUUCACCAGAACAGAAAGAUGUCUGAAGAGGAAGCCGUGCAAACUUCUGUGGGUAUUUUGCAAGAAAUUUACACGUCUCCGCUCAACCUGAGCCUGCUGUGUUUAUGUCUCUUCUUGUUGUAUAAGAUAAUUCGCGGGGAUAAACCUCCGGAUACGGGGAAAGAGGAAGAACAGCUUCCGAAAUUAAAAAAGAAAGAUUUCACCCUGGCCGAGCUGAAGGAAUACGAUGGAGAGAAAAACCCGAGGAUCCUCAUAGCUAUCAACGGCAAAGUAUUCGACGUGACCAGGGGAAAGAAAUUCUACGGGCCAGAGGGCCCGUACGGUGUGUUUGCUGGCAGGGAUGCUUCCAGAGGCCUCGCUACCUUCUGUCUGGAGAAGGAGGCUCUGAAGGACGAGCAUGAUGAUCUGUCUGACCUCAGCGCUAUGCAGCAGGAGAGCCUGGGAGAGUGGGAGAUGCAGUUCACUGUUAAGUACGACUACGUCGGAAAGCUGUUGAAACCCGGCGAGGAGCCGACAGAAUAUACAGACGACGAGGAUCCGAAGGAUGCGAAGGAGAAAAAGACAGAAUAAAAAUCUGCAGCUUUUAAUACACAUUUAGAACAGAACUCAAAGCCUUCAUUACUACCUGUUGUUAAUUCGGUAUGUUUUUGGAUGCUGUUUAUAUUUUGUGUUUCAUAGUGUUUUUCUUGGAGGGGUGGGAGUAUAGUUUAUUGUAGAAUUGAAGCUAUAAGGGGUGUGUCACUGAUUACCACUCGGAUCGCAUUAUGUGUGAAUGAUGACCGUAUAGAAGUAAUGCAUAUAACACUAAACAGAUGUGUGUAGUUCAUUCUAUUCUUCUAGGCUAUGAAUAAGACAAGCAAACUUUUUUAAUUUUGUAAAUUUUGAUUUUUCAACUGGAUUUUCCGUUGUUGGAGCUCCAUUACCGUAGACCCAUUUUUCUUCAGUUUUCAGUUAAAAAAGGAAAAGAGUUUGGUUUGACUGGCAGAAAACUGCUUUUAUCAUGAAUUUGCUAACCAGGUGUGUGCUGCUGAAACAAAAAGUAAUCUGCAGGUGCAACUAAUAAGCAUUUGAAUACUGAUUCCCAGCCCGCUGCAGAAUAGGGACCACAUUGGUGUUCAGGUUUGUCCUGUGAAUCAAUACCAGCAUGGGACCAACAUCUAAACCUGUGCUUCAGACUGAUCUAAUUUGAAAGCUCUUGCUUGUUAUUUCUUAAUUCAAUUUGUCCACCAAUUUAAAUAAAAUAUCCUGCUUUUGUUUUA